AUGGGGACCACCCCGGGCCCCACACGAGGACCACUCCAGGCCCCACACGGGGACCACCCCGGACCCCAUACAGGAACCACUCCAGGCACCACACCACUCCAAGCCCCACACGGGGACCACCCCGGACCCCACACCACUCCAAGCCCCACAUGGGGACCACCCCGGGCCCCACACGAGGACCACUCCAGGCCCCACACGGGGACCACCCCGGACCCCAUACAGGAACCACUCCAGGCACCACACCACUCCAAGCCCCACACGGGGACCACCCCGGACCCCACACCACUCCAAGCCCCACAUGGGGACCACCCCGGGCCCCACACGAGGACCACUCCAGGCCCCACACGGGGACCACCCUGGACCCCACACCACUCCAAGCCCCACACGGGAACCACUCCAGGCCUCACCCCACACAGGGACCACUCCAGGCCCCACACGGGAACCACUCCAGGGCCCCACACAGGGACCAGUCCGGGCCCCACCCCACACGGGAACCACUCCAGGGCCCCACACAGGGACCAGUCCGGGUCCCACACGGGAACCACUCCAGGCCCCCAAACAGGGACCAGUCCGGGCCCCACCCCACACGGGAACCACUCCAGGCCCCCACACAGGGACCACUCCGGGCCCCACCCCACACGGGGACCACUCCAGGCCCCCACACGGGGACCACUCCAGGCCCCCACACGGGAACCACUCCAGGGCCCCACCCCACACGGGAACCACUCCAGGCCCCCACACGGGACCACUCCAGGCCCCCACACGGGAACCACUCCAGGCCCCCAAACAGGGACCAGUCCGGGCCCCACCCCACACGGGAACCACUCCAGGGCCCCACACAGGGACCAGUCCGGGCCCCCACACGGGGACCACUCCGGGCCCCCACCCGGAUAA